AUGCCACCAGAACGGAGUCUAUGUGCGAAAUGUAAAUCCUAUGACGAGGGUGCGAUUGACCUUGAUGACCGUCAGUGGUACUGCAAUUCAUGCUGGGCUGCACAUGAUAGGGCCAUGUCGAAUCAAAAGUUAAAGAAGAAUGAUUUCAAAGUACAAACAAACGACGUGCUGAAGAUUAGUAAUGCGACUAGAAAUACCGAUGGCUGUAAACAAGUUAAUUCUGAGGGUAUAGGGACGAAGCUCACGGAUGGGGGCGAUACACAGCGAACGGGAGAGUUAAUUGGGAGCAGUCAACAUGCAAAAGUUGACAAGUGGAUGGGUGGCGGAUCCCCCAAAACCUCAGAGGUUAGUGUAAAUAGGAGUGGCCAAGGCGCGAUGAUGGAUGCCGUGGAGGCUGCGUGGAGACGACAGCAUGAUGCUUUUCACAGCUGCACACCUUCUCAGAAUGCCGUACCUUCUGUUUAUUCGACACUCGCGCAAGAUUUUAGUGCUGAAGGAUCGUCACCUACCAGCUUUGUGGCCGCGUGCAUGCAACCACAACAGCCUGUCCGUAUUAUUACGCAUUCUGGUGUCCCUUUAUCACCUCGUGGCGAUCGUGCUGGAGGUACUGGCCAAUUGACGCACCCGAGGCUUCCUAAAGUACCCUUGGAUAUGCUUCUUUCCACCUUAGAUGAUAUUGUGUCACAGGUAUACGUCGUCUUUGAUGAAGAUCUUACAAAGAUAUUGCUCAAUGGGCUUGACCGUGUCACAGCGUGCGAGACAGUCGACCAGCGGGAACUUAUGAAAAUGAGGGUAAUGAACACAUUCCUCGAGACUUUUGGUGACAAACACUAUGACCUCUUACAAUGCAUCUUGUACAAACCACGGGAAGUCUUUUUGCGCUUACUAGAGGGAUUUUGCACCUUGGGGGAUGACGAGAAAGACAACAACUCUAGCACCGGAGGCUCAAAUCCAAUAGGACUCACUGUGCGUUUCGUAAAAAGCGGGGGUAAACAGCGAUCCCAAUGUCAGAGUGUUGCAUUCGACAGUAACGGUAAUAUUGAGAAUCAGCGUUGGCUUCAACACAUGAACAGUCGCUAUCGUGCCUUGCUGGCGGAAUCCGAACUGGAGUUCAUGUUUCGGAAGGAUUUUAGUGUAACUGGCUCUGCUGUUCCUAAGGGAACUACUGUGACGAAGCAAAGCGACUAUGUUCGCAUCCACAUCCCAUCCCUCAACCUUGAAAUGCUCCCACUGGAUAAGCGCAUUUGCGUAGCGACUUCACUGCCAGAGUGGACACAUCCAGCCUUUUUUCCCAUUACUCAUUUGAACACAAUUCAAACAUCUAUAUUUGAAACAGCCUUUCACACCUCACAAAACAUGCUUGUGUGCGCACCAACAGGUGCGGGUAAGACUGUCUGUGCGCUUCUCAUGAUGCUGCGGUGUAUCAGCGAACAUUUUGUAAAUGGUAUCUUAAAUCGUGACUUCAAGAUAAUUUUUGUAGCGCCAAUGAAAGCUCUGGCGCAAGAAAUGGUUGCGAAUUUCUCGCGCCGCAUGGCGCCAUUCAUGAUCAAGGUGCGCGAACUAACGGGAGACAUGCAGUUGACGAAACGUGAGAUAGCGGAAACGCAAGUGAUCGUGACCACUCCAGAAAAGUGGGACGUCAUCACGCGUAAAAGAAGCAAUGAGGAAUUUUUCAAUAAGGUGAAGCUUCUCAUCAUUGAUGAAAUCCACUUACUGAAUGAGGAGCGGGGCCCGGUUCUUGAGGCGAUUGUCGCGCGUACAAUGAGACAAGGAGAGAUGGAUUCAAAUCUCCGCGUGCGUUUGGUUGGGCUGUCUGCAACCUUACCGAACUACAAGGACGUGGCGAAUUUCUUGCACGUCGAUUUAAAGGAUGGUCUCAAAGUGUUCGGUCCCGAGUACCGGCCUGUGCCAUUGGAACAGACCUUCAUCGGUAUGCAAGGCGUGCCUAGUAAGCACAAGGAGAGACGCUUGGAUGAAUUAGCAUAUCAGGAGGUCCUUCAAAAUGUAAUGGAGGGACAUCAAGUUAUGGUUUUUGUGCAUUCACGAAAGCAAACUGUAAACUUAUGCAGGUAUUUUAUGGAGGAAACAAGAGCGCGUGGCAAUGAAAGGUACUUUCGCUACAAUACCGUACUCCCAACAAAUAUUGAAAAAAAAGCCCGCAAUUUGCAGGGUAAGGAUCUCUACACGCUCUUCGAGAGCGGAUUCGGGGCACAUCAUGCUGGGCUCAUUCGGUUCGACCGAACGACCACUGAGGACCUUUUUCGUGAAGGAUACAUUCGGGUGCUCUGCUGCACUAGCACCUUGGCAUGGGGUGUGAACCUCCCAGCGCACACUGUGGUUAUACGUGGGACCCAGCUAUACGACCCGAAACGCGGUGGUCUGGUCUCGAUUUCAGUUCUAGAUGUGAUGCAGAUUUUUGGCCGUGCUGGUCGCCCUCAGUUUGACACCAAAGGUCACGGCAUUAUUAUCUCCGAUGACAAAGAAAUCGGAUAUUUUCUUCGACUUAUUUCUAGUUCGUUGCCGAUUGAGAGCCAGAUGCAAUCCAAGUUGUGGGAUCAUCUCAAUGCGGAGGUAAAUGCGGGAACCAUAUCAUCUAUUGCAGAGGCAUCAUCGUGGCUAGAGUAUACCUAUCUGUGGCAAAGAAUCCGUGUCAAUCCAUUAAUAUAUAACUUGAAGAUAAGCAGCGUACGAAAGGAUCCUGAGCUGAAAGGUACUAGGUACGAAAUUAUUCAUAACGUAUUUUCAGACUUAGCUGUGUCUGGAAUGGUUCGGUACAACCCCGAAAUAGGUUCUGUAGAGUCUACAGAUUUGGGUCGCAUGGCAAGUCACUACUAUCUCACGUAUACAACCGUGAACGUUUUCAAUAAGAUGAUGCGACGACGAGACGGGACCUGGGAAGACUCACUCGAUAUGGGCACUGCCAUGAAUAUAUUGUCAUGCGCUAGCGAAUUUUCGGCACAGCACGUGCGCCAAGAGGAGUUGGAUCAACUUCAGAAGCUGCACCUGCAACUGCCCAGACAGGUGCGUGAGUAUCGCAUCGCUGGCGAAAGCACAGAUGAGACGAGUGUUCAGUGGAAGGUAACGACACUACUUAAGGCGUAUAUUAGCCGUUUGCAUAUUGAGGACCACUCGCUGUCUGCAGACGUGAACUACAUUGCCCAAAAUGCUCCUCGUAUUUCGAGGGCACUUUUUGAGAUUGAGCUGGAACGUGGUCACCCUCUUACCACCUACAUUUUUCUCACUCUGUACAAAUGUUUGGUGCAUCGUUGCUGGGACUUCGACCAUCCACUGCUUCAGUUCACUUCCUGGAUCAAUAGGGUGAAUAUACCAGACGCCGUCUGGGGCUAUUUAAGUAGCCGAAAUCCAAGUAUAUCGACGCUGCAGGAGCUCACACCAAAGGAAAUAGGCGAUAUGGUGCAUAACAUGCGUUGUGGGCGCGAUAUCGCUCUUCUCGUUUCGAAAUUUCCCACAUUGCAGCUACACAUCGACGUCCAGCCCAUUACGAAAUCUAUUCUUCGUGUGAAAGCUACAAUCCAGCCGAAUUUUGAAUGGGGUCGCGAUAUUUCCGGUAAUUCGGAGGUCUUUUGGCUGCUUGUGGAGGAUCAAGACAAUAAUUUUAUUUUUCAUCACGAAUCUGUCGUAAUCACACGCAAGGAGGUGGAGAGCGGGACGCCUCAUGUCGUGAACUUGACUAUUCCAAUUGUGCCUCAGUAUGAUAUGUAUUCGGUCCGUCUGUACAGUGAUCGAUGGAUGGGUUGCCAAGAGGAUUACACUUUUUCAAUUGGUCACUUGCACUUACCAGAGGACACCCAAAUGACGACCAAGUUACUUCCGCUCGCUCCGCUGCGGUUAAGUGUUUUGCCCGAGAAAUAUCAAAAACUCUUUGAGAGCCACCACCAAUUCAAUGCCAUGCAAACACAGGUCUUUCACGUCAUGUAUCAUACAGAUGAAAAUGUCUUUCUGGGCGCCCCUACUGGCAGUGGUAAGACGAUAUCAGCAGAGCUGGCUAUUUUGCGCGUUUUUGAUAAUUUCCGUUCUGGUAAGGUCGUCUACAUUGCGCCACUCAAGGCCCUGGUUAAGGAGCGGCUGCGGGAUUGGCAGCGCCGGAUGCGGCUGAUUGGCAGGUCCGUAGUGGAGCUUUCCGGUGAUGCGACCCCUGACAUUAUCGCCUUGGCCAAAGCAGACAUUUUGUGUACCACUCCAGAGAAAUGGGAUGGUAUUUCGCGUAACUGGCAGGUGCGAAGCUAUGUGACAUCAGUAAAGCUGGUAGUGUUUGACGAAAUCCACAUGCUGGGUACGGACCGCGGUCCGAUCCUAGAGGUGAUCGUAAGCCGUAUGCGGCACAUUGGAUGGAGUCUGAAUGCCCCGAUUCGUUUGGUAGGUCUGUCUACAGCGGUUUCAAAUCCAUCAGAUUUGAGUUCGUGGCUCGGGGUGGUGAAGAAAUGGGCUGUCUUCAACUUUGACCCAUCCGUGCGCCCGGUCCCGAUGCUAGUCCACAUAGCGGGUUAUCACGGAAAGCACUAUUCCCCGCGCAUGGCGACUAUGAACAAGCCUACAUACAAUGCUAUUUGUGAGAAAAGUCCGACUCAGCCGGUAAUCGUCUUUGUUUCGUCCAGGAGACAGACGCGGCGGACAGCUUUGGCUCUUAUUGGGUUUCUCUUGGCAGAAAAUAACACAGCAAAAUGGAUCCAUAUGGAAGUCGACGAGAUCGAAAAGAUGAUUGCAAAGCUGACUGAUCCCUACCUAAAGCACUGUCUACAGUUUGGCGUUGGGAUCCAUCAUGCUGGUUUGUUGGAGAGCGACCGCUCUAUUGUUGAGGAAGCAUUUCUUUCAACCAAAAUUCAGGUUCUGGUUGCGACCUCAACAUUGGCCUGGGGAGUGAACUUUCCUGCCCAUAUGGUUAUCGUGAAGGGAACUGAGUACUACAACGCCAAGACACAUAGCUACGUCGAUUUUCCUAUUACAGACGUUUUGCAAAUGAUCGGGCGUGCGGGAAGACCGCAAUACGACACCGAGGGGGUAGCGCAGGUACUAUGCCACGAGCCGAAGAAAGGAUUUUACAGAAAAUUCUUGUAUGACCCUUUUCCUGUGGAGAGUGCUUUGCACACACAGCUCCAUGUUCAUAUUAACGCCGAAAUUGUUUCUGGCAUAAUCGCAACGCGGCAGGACGCCAUGAAUUACCUUACCUGGACCUACUUAUUCCGCCGUAUCACGCGCAAUCCAUCGUACUAUGGCCUCGAGGACGGUUCUCCCGAGGCGGUUACGACGUUUCUCUCUGACCUAGUGAAGGCUACAUUAGAGGAGCUGGAGGAAUACGGUUGCAUCGAGUUUGGAGACCAGACUGAUGAGAAUGCGAAUCUUAACGCACUGCAACACACGGUUCUUGGCAAGCUGUGCGCGUAUUACUACAUUUCCCAUCGAACCGCAGGCAUGUUUAAUCGCAGGAUUCAGCCCUCCAUCAGUUGUGUUGAGGCUCUACGAAUUCUCUGUGAUGCAGAAGAAUUCAAUGAGUUGCCUGUACGGCACAAUGAAGACAAGCUAAAUAUGGAGCUGGCCAGUGGGCUUCCCUUUCCUGUGUCAGAUGAAGAGGCGGAUAGUCCAAACUUGAAGGCCUUUUUGCUUUUUCAAGCCCAUUUUGAGCGUGCGGAGCUUCCUGUUACCGACUACGUCACAGACCAAAAGUCCGCUACGGAUAACGCAGUGCGUGUGAUUCAGGCCAUGGUUGAUGUAGCCGCGAACAAUGGCCAUCUGUAUGCAUCGUUGCGCUGCAUGACAUUGAUGCAGUGCAUCGUUCAGGGCAUGUGGUGGAACGGCCCCACGUUAUUGCAGAUUCCUAAUGUCACGCUGGAAAUGUUGCCGGCUAUACAAAGCGAGUGUGGUAUAAGUCAAAUAUCUGAGUUGGCCAACAGUCCUCUCGAAACUAUCCAGCGUUUCGAGAAAGUAUUACAGCGCCCUGUCUUCGGUCUCACACCAGACCAAGUGAAUGAGGCGAUGGAGGGGAUACGGGGGCUACCACUUGUGCAAGUUGAUGUCUUUGUGCGUUAUCUUCAGCCCGAGACCACGGGGGCUCAGGAAUUUCGCACAAAUGAUGGGAAUGAUAUUCCUGUGUUUGAAGUUAGUGUGCACCUGGAGCGACUUUCUCACCCUCGAAACUACGUUGUUGCACCUCGUUUCUCAAAGAAUAAGGACGAGCAAUACUGGGUGUGCCUUGGCCAUGAAGCCACAGGUGAGCUUGUGGCUCUUAAACGUGUUAAUCGUCUGAAUCAUAGAAGUGUCACAAAGUUGCGUGUGGAGUGGGACGAGGACUGGUCGAGUGCACCAGUACAACGACUUUUGAGGGGAAAUACCAGAGGUGGGACAAAGCUGAGUGUUUAUGUAGUGUGUGAUUCGUUCGUUGGCAUGGAUCAGCAAUAUACUUUCGAACUUUCCAGACCUUAA